AUGUCCUGGUCAGAACAAUUUCGCUAUGGCUCAUGCGGCCAUUACCUCCGCGAGAACUCGCCCUGCCCAACACAACAAGACAGCCACCGAUACGCCCACAACUUUACUGGGGCUUCAAACAGCGGCAUUGACCACAGCGCUCCUACCACGCGUAGCGACAGCACUGGCAGGAGUAGCAGCAACACGAGCAAUGGUGCUAACUCAUUCACACCACCAACAUCCGACGACUCAAACGACAGCUCCAUACCAUGGCAAUACCGACAUCGAGAGGACACUCUUUCUAAUCCGUUGCCUCAAGCUAGAACAGCCAUUAGUCUGCGCUACGAGGCAGCUGAGAAGCGGCGUAGUGCGCCGCCAGAUUCCCAUGGAACUCCGAUUGACUAUGGGCGCUCACUGCGCAACAAGACAGGCCAGGUGUACCACAACCGCUUGAGGAGGAUCCAGGAGCGAGUAGCAGAGGCGUUCGGUCUGACUUGGGUGAAAGUGAAUGCGUUGAUGUUGAACGCACAAGGCGAGCAGGCCCGAGGUCGUAGCGAGGCAGCGAGUUACAGUCAUACAUAG